AUGGAGAAGGCCAGGGACCUGUGGUGGACCGAGCUCUCGGACGGGUACCAGCACCGGAAAAACGCCGGGCCUUGCAGGGUGGUGAACGGGCGGCGAUGGCGCAGCUGCUACCUGACAUCAGUGCGGCACAGCCUCAGGCGGGCCUCCGCUCCAGGCCGCUAUCCCCAUCGACACCGCGCAGCAAUUGGCCGCCGCCUGAGAGCGCAACGUACUGCGAAUCUGUGGUGGGCGUCGCACGACUCAGUCACCCAAUAUAUCGUGCCUCUCGCCGGAUGGCUGCUCAACUCGUCGCCUGAAUACCUAUCAUCCCUAGUCAACCCCCAGACCUUCCAAGUCGAGACAGGCUACCACUUCGACGCCCCGUCCUGGCACCCGCACGCAGACUUCUACGACCGGGCGACAAUGGGUAUUAGCAGACGGCCCAAGGACAAGUCGGGCCAGGCUGCCCGCGCCGGCGCCCAGUCCCAGGCCGGCGGCGGCGCAAAGCCCAAGAAGGCCACCUUCGAGACCACCAAGAAGAAGGAGAUCGGCGUGUCGGACCUGACCCUGCUGAGCAAGGUCUCCAACGAGGCCAUCAACGACAACCUCAAGAAGCGCUUCGAGGGCCGCGAGAUCUACACCUACAUCGGCCAUGUCCUGGUCUCCGUCAACCCCUUCCGCGACCUGGGCAUAUACACCGACCAGGUCCUCGAGUCCUACAAGGGCAAGAACCGUCUCGAGAUGCCGCCCCACGUCUUCGCCAUCGCCGAGUCGUCGUACUACAACAUGAAGGCCUACAAGGAGAACCAGUGUGUCAUCAUCUCGGGCGAGUCCGGCGCGGGCAAGACCGAGGCCGCCAAGCGCAUCAUGCAGUACAUCGCCAACGUGUCGGGCGGAGGCAGCGCCGAGAUUCAACACAUCAAGGACAUGGUGCUGGCCACCAACCCCCUGCUGGAAUCUUUCGGCAAUGCCAAGACGCUGCGAAAUAACAACUCGUCGCGUUUCGGCAAGUAUCUCCAGAUUCACUUCAACGUCAACGGCGAGCCCGUCGGAGCGGACAUCACCAACUACCUGCUGGAGAAGACGAGGGUCGUCGGCCAGAUCGUCAACGAGCGCAACUUCCACAUCUUCUACCAGUUCGCCAAGGGCGCCUCCGAGAACUACCGGACCACGUUCGGCAUCCAACAACCCCAGACAUACGCAUAUCUGAGCCGGUCGAAAUGUUACGAUGUAGACGGCAUCGACGACAUCUCCGACUUCCAAGAAACCCUCGAGGCUAUGAAGAUUAUUGGCCUGUCGCAAGCGGAACAGGACGACGUGUUCCGUAUGCUGGCUGCCAUCCUCUGGUGCGGCAACAUCCAGUUCGUCGAGGGCGACGACUCGUUUGCCCAGGUUGCAGACCAGUCCGUGGUCGAUUUCUUGGCAUACCUCCUCGAAGCUACCCCCGAGGCUGUGAUCAAGGCCAUCACGAUCCGCAUCUUGACCCCGAGGAGUGGAGAGGUCAUCGAGUCUCCAGCAAACCCGGCGCAGGCGAAUGCUACUCGGGACGCGUUGGCCAUGGCCAUAUACAACAACCUCUUUGACUGGAUUGUCGGACGUGUCAACAAGUCGCUCAAGGCCCAACAAGCCACUGCCAACAACAUUGGCAUUCUCGAUAUCUACGGGUUCGAGAUCUUUGAGAAGAACAGCUUCGAGCAGCUCUGCAUCAACUACGUCAACGAGAAGCUUCAGCAGAUCUUUAUCACCCUCACGCUCAAGGCCGAGCAGGACGAGUAUGCCCGCGAACAGAUCCAGUGGACGCCUAUCAAGUAUUUCGACAACAAGGUGGUGUGCGAGCUCAUUGAACAGGUCAGACCUGUCGGUAUCUUCUCGGCUCUAAAGGAUGCGACCAAGACAGCCCACGCCGACCCCGCGGCUUGUGAUCGAACGUUCAUGCAGAGCAUCAACGGAAUGAGCCAUGCUCAUCUGACGCCGCGACAGGGCAGCUUCAUUAUCAAGCAUUACGCUGGUGAUGUGAGCUAUACCGUCGAAGGAAUUACGGACAAGAACAAGGACCAGCUGCUCAAGGGUGUUCAGAGCCUGUUCCAGCAGAGUCAGAACCGUUUCGUCCACACAAUCUUCCCCCAGCAGGUGGACACAGACAACCGAAAGCAGCCCCCUACUGCGGGUGACAGGAUCAAGACGUCCGCCAACGCUCUGGUUGAGACCCUCAUGAAGUGCCAGCCCUCCUAUAUCCGCACCAUCAAGCCCAACGAGAACAAGUCGCCAACCGAGUACAAUGUACCCAACGUGCUGCACCAGAUCAAGUAUUUGGGUCUACAAGAGAACGUCCGAAUCCGAAGAGCUGGGUUCGCAUAUCGUCAGUCUUUCGAAAAGUUUGUCGAGCGUUUCUUCUUGCUGUCUCCCGCGACGUCUUACGCCGGCGAAUAUACGUGGAAUGGUUCCGAGGAGGCGGCGGUGAAACAGAUCCUGAAGGAUACCAGUAUUCCCAAGGAGGAGUGGCAGCUUGGUGUGACAAAGGCAUUCAUCAAGUCGCCCGAGACCUUGUUUGCAUUAGAAACAAUGCGCGACAGGUAUUGGCACAACAUGGCUACCCGUAUCCAAAGAAUGUGGAGGGCGUACCUGGCUUACCGCGCAGAGUCGGCAACUCGGAUCCAGCGAUUCUGGCGGAAGAAGAGAGUCGGUGCCGAGUAUCUUCAAUUGCGAGACCAGGGCCAUCGCGUGCUUCAAGGCCGCAAGGAGCGACGCAGAUUCAGUCUGUUGGGAUCGAGACGUUUCCUAGGCGACUACCUGGGGAUCAAUGCCACUACCGGCCCUGGAUCUCAAGUGCGCAACGCCAUCCAGAUGACAGGGAACGAGAAGGCACUCUUUUCCUGCCGUGGUGAGGUUCUAGAAUCCAAGUUCGGUCGUUCCAGUAAACCCAGCCCGCGAAUCUUCAUUGUCAGCAACAGCAAGUUCUACGUCGUUGCCCAAGCGUUGGCCAAUGGCCAGCUGCAGAUUUCGGUCGAGCGUGCUGUUCCCUUGGGAGCCAUCAAGUUCAUCGGCGCAUCUACAGCUCGGGACGACUGGUUCUCACUAGGUAUUGGCUCUCAGCAAGAAGCUGACCCCUUAUUGAACUGUGUGCUCAAAACCGAGCUGUUCACACAGAUGCAACGGGGCAUGCCUGGAGGUUUCAACCUCAAGAUUGGUGAGGGUAUCGAAUAUGCCAAGAAGCCUGGCAAGAUGCAGAUCGUCAAGGUGCUCAAGGAUUCUCCCAGUCCAGUGGAUUUCUACAAGAGUGGUGCCGUACAUACUCAAGCUGGAGAAUCGCCAUCGUCUGUUUCACGGCCCACACCAAAGGGCAAGCCUGUGCCUCCAAGACCCAUCACCCGUGGCAAGCUGAUCAAGCCUGGUGGACCGGGCGGAAGACCAUCGCGAUUCCCUGCUAACAAAGCUGGUGGAUCUUCGACUACCAAACGUGGACCAGCCUCGCUACAAACCCCUCGCCCUGUACCAACCCCUGCUUCCAUCACAAGUAGUAUCCCCAGCCACACGCGCAACCAGAAUUCCACUUCUUCGGCUGCUCGCGUACCGCCGCCUCCUCCUCCUGCAGCGCCCCCGGCAAAGCCUAGUAAGCCCCAAGCAAAGGUCCUGUAUGACUUUGCUGGACAGAAGGAAAACGAGCUUACCGUCAAGGCUGGCGACAUCAUCGAGAUCGUGCAGAGGGAAAACAAUGGCUGGUGGUUAGCUAAGAAUGCCUCCGGCCAGGCGUGGGUACCAGCUGCGUACGUAGAGGAGAUCAAAGCACCUACACCAGCUCCCGCACCUCGGGCGCCGCCGCCGCCUCCAGCUCAGAACGGGGCCGCCGCCGCGAAGGGCAAACCUACUCCACCUCAACCUCCCGCCAAACGGCCUGCCGCAAACAAGAAACCUGCCAACCUGGUAUCAAGAGACUCUGGUAUUGGCAAUGGCUCGGAUAGCAGCCGAAGCAACACCCCUACCCAGGCUCCUCUGGCAGGCGCUCUGGCCAAUGCUUUGAAGGCACGUCAAAAUGCCAUGCAAACGAAAAAUGACGAUGACGACUGGUAA